AUGCGCGAGUGGAUACACCGGCGGGUGAGCCAUGGGAUAAGGGGUGAUUGUUAUGGGAUGGUGCCGGUAAGCAAUGGGGGGGCCCGCGAGGAGGGGAGAAGGGGGAUUAGAAAAGACGGAGGGAUAGAGGGUGCUGGCACAGGACAUGCGCGAGUGGCCGGCCUGCGGGAUGUAGGGGCUCUCUCCUCUGCUCUUUGUCACCCCAUUCUUCCCCUAACCCUCCCCCCCUCCCCCUGCACGCCUCUUUCCAACGCCUCUUCCCCACUCCUCUUGCCCACACCACUCCACCACACCUACUCCCCACUCCCUCUCUCCUACCCCUCUCCCCCACGCCUUUCCCCCACGCAUUUCCCUCACCCCUCUCUCCCACCUCUUUCCCCCAUGCAUUUUCCUCACCCCCCUCUCCCCCCCCACCCCUUUCCCCCACGCACUUUGCUCACCCCAUUCCCCCACCCACCCCCUUCCCCCACGCAUUUUUCUCACCCCUCUCCCCCACCUCUUUCCCCCAUGCAUUUUCCUCACCCCCCUCUCCCCCCCCAUCCCUUUCCCCCUCGCAUUUUGCUCACCCCUUUCCCCCACGCAAUUUCCUCACCCCUCUCCCCGUUCAAGAGGAUGCUGAUUUAA